AUGACCUAUUGCACGCCGUACCUGCUUGAGCUCGGGCUCACCAAGUCGAAGAUCUCGCUCGUGUGGAUCGCGGGUCCGCUGUCCGGACUGAUCAUGCAGCCCAUUGUCGGUGUGAUAGCGGACCGGUCGAAGAGUCGGUGGGGGCGUCGGAGACCCUUCAUGUUGGGCGGAACGGUGCUGGUCUCCAUGUUUCUGCUGCUGCUGGGCUGGACAAAGGAGUUUGUGCGGUUCUUCCUCAAGGAGAAAGAGGCGGUCAGGCAAGCGACAAUUGUCGUGGCCGUGUUGAGUAUCUAUGGAAUCGAUUUCGCCAUCAACGCUGUGCAGGGGAGCUGUAGGGGGUUGAUAGUGGAUACCCUUCCCAUCUCCAAGCAACAACUGGGAAGCAGCUGGGCCAGCAGGAUGGUCGCUGUUGGGUCUUUGGUGGGAUACGCUGCGGGUGCUGUGGACCUUGGUGCCAUCUUCGGUCCCAUGCUGGGAGACACCCAGUUCAAGCAACUGACCGCCGUGGCGGCUAUCACGCUCUGUGUCACGGUGGGGCUCACGUCCUAUGCGGUUACCGAGAGAGUCCUGGUCAGUGAUGGAAAAGAGGACGAGGGUCAGAUUGGGGCGAUGGAGGUACUGUCCACCAUUGCCCACAACGCAAUGAACUUGCCCAGAGGCAUUGCGGCGAUCUGCCACGUCCAGUUCUGGGCAUGGAUCGGAUGGUUCCCAUUUCUGUUCUACAGCACCACUUGGGUGGGCGAAAUUUACCUUCGCUACGAUGCCCCGGUAGACGCGAAGGCAUCCGAGGACAUAACCGGCCAAGUGGGCCGCAUAGGCAGCACGGCGCUCAUUGCAUUUUCGAUCAUCACCUUUCUCAUGUCUGUCAUCCUUCCGUGGUUCGUCAAGAGUCCCGAGGACGAGGUACCGGACUUCACUCCACGCCCGCCAGCCAGCAUUGCAUCUUUCGUGUUUGAGAUGGAGAAGUAUAAGCCCUCGCUGCUCACGACUUGGACGGCGUCUCAUUGUAUUUUCGCGGGGUCUAUGAUCAUGGCUCCUUUUGUGCAGUCACUGAGGGGAGCUACAAUCAUAGUGGCUCUGUGCGGGAUUUCCUGGGCAAUAAGCUGUUGGGCGCCGUUCACGUUCCUGGGCGUCGAGAUCAAUCGCCUAUCCCAACACAAUCAUCGCCCAUACGGACACAUGACGCGCAAUUCGAUCGAACUGGAAUCGCCUGUGCAACUCCACCUCAACCACGGCCCCGAUGAGUCGCACGGCUCCACCGGUGCCAGCUCUGGGGCGUACUUGGGAAUCAUGAACCUCUACACGACAUUGCCUCAGUUCGUAGGGACGUUCAUCUCCUGGGCAGUCUUCUCCCUUCUGGAACCAGGCAAGAGCCCGGAGCUUGCGAAAGAAGCGGGCCCGGAAGAGCUCAAGCAACAUGCGGCAGAGGGACCGAACGCCAUCGCCGUCUGCCUGUUCAUCGGAGCACUGUCGGCAGCCGUGGCGGCAUUCUCGACCAGGAAGCUGAAGCGUCUUCAGAGUGAGGGAUAG